CUUUCGUAUGUCUUUUUUUUGACUUUUUGACCUAUUGCAUUGUCUUUUCAUUCCCAAUAGUCUUUUACUUUUCUUGUUGGCUUGAGCAAGAGCUGUCGCGUGGCUUUCUUUCGCAAACCCGCACGAACAACCGGCAUCCAUCGGCCGACCACCGUGCGCUAGGUUCGUCCGAUCCCCCGUUUUUGUCUUCCAACCACGGAAGCCACCGCGACCGCCUCCAAGAGCGAUCACGUAGUGCUGUCAAAAAGCAUCUGUAGAAAAGAAAAAGAUAAAAAAGAAAAAUAAAAAACCUCGACGGACGACUUUUGGUUGGCAGGGAAAAAGAGCUGUUGUUAAAGACAUAAGGGUCGUUGAUCUCCGCUGUAUCCCCCUCUCGUUUAAAUCCUCGCCUUGCUCUCGGACGCGUCUCGCGGUUCGCCUCCUCCUCGUCGUCCAUUAAAGACACGCUCGACUCACUCCAGACGCAUACCGAGUUGGCUUUUUUUUUCCUUUUUUUUCUGGGAUUGUGGCGGUCUUUGCAGUCUUUUAGAUCCGAGUUUGGCAUUUUCAUUCAAUGUCGUCUUUACUUUUUACGCCGGGAGAUCUGCUGAUGAACCAGCAAUUCCUCUCGUUCCCCGUCAACACAUUUCCUAGUGCCCAGGCUCCCGACAUGCAGCAGUUCUUUGAUAGUCAUCGAAUGACCCCCAUAUACGAGUCGACCACGGGCGCGACAAAUCCUGAACAGCCUGCUGCGCAGGCUUUGUCCCAGUCAGAUCACGAGGAACAGCCAGUUGAUGACCUAGACGACCACGAUAUGGAAUCCGAUGUUGAAGAGGUUGAUGAGCCAAAUCCUAAAGCUUUAGAAAUGUCGUCCACAUCAACAGAGAUGACUACCACAGGUAAAACACCGCAGAAGCCACGUCGUCGGCCACGCGCGACUCCCGAACAGCUUGCCAUCUUGGAGGAAACUUACAAAGUAAAUACCUCGCCUCGAGGACGACUGCGCGCCGAAUUGGCCAAGCGGUUGGGCAUGACGGAGCGCUCUGUUCAAGUAUGGUUCCAAAAUCGGAGAGCCAAAGUCAAGUUGAACGAAAAGAGAGCGCGAUUGAGGCAGUUGCGUGGUAUGGCUUGUCUACAAGCUGCUGCCUCUGCCGUUAUGAGACCCGGAACUGAUGGAAAGAGGCCAAUUGUGGCCAACCCACUCUCCGCGACUGCAGCUGCUGCGCUCAUGCCUGGGUCAAACGCUAUCCGCUCAAUGUUACCGAGCGCCUUGAAUGCACUGUUGCAACAGCCUCAGAUUCAACAACAGCAACAACUCUCGCAACAGCAACAUGCUCAACAACAACAACAACAGCAGCAGCCGCCGCAACAACUCUCGCAACAGGAAUUGCAACCACAGCAGUCAAACCAGCAAGCCGUGUGGCCGCAAAUGGAUCCCACACUCGCUUCUCGCGGGAUUCCCUCAGUUGGGCCAGUUGCCAUAUCUCAACCACAACAGUCAGUCACUCUUGGAUCCACUGUCGUCGCCUCAAAUUCUCAACCCAUAGCAUCACCAACAAGCACACCCAGCAUCCCGUCCCCGCUCCAAAACUCUCCAGUAGCAUCUCCUCUCCCGAGCCCAUUCAACACCAAAUCUACCAUUCCCAUCCUCCUCCCAACGAUUCCCCUCUCUGUCGACGCAGUCACGAUCGGAACAUGGCACCGCAUGUCCUAUUCGACAGAGAUGACCGUCUUUACGGAAUUCCACUUUGGGACCCAGUGUAUCCGAACUACCAUUACGGAUUUACCCGCUACUCAUGUGAGGAUUUCCAUUCCCUUUGCGACUCUUAUGGGGAUCUCUCUCACACCUGCGGAUGAAUCCGUCUACGAUGCGGAUGUGGUUGUGGAAUUGGUUCAACCACCGCUUUUUGAAAUGUUUAUGGGAGGUGUUUGGGCACCUUGCCAUGAUUUUACCGAACAUCGUGCUGCAUCAACGACACUUACGCAUGUGUUCCGCGGACUUGCCUCAGAGCUUCAUGCGGAACUCGUGUCCGCUGCACAGCAAUCACAUCUUGUUCGACAUGCCAUCUUGCGCUCUGCUGGUCGGAUGCGCAGGAGAAGGAGUUCGGCAACUUCCGUCUCGAGCGUUUUGAGUAUGGCGGAAUCGGUUGCAAUGGCACCGGUUCCCUCUCGGAGUAGCUUUGAUGCUAGCUGGGUUGGAGACUAUCAAGAUGGGCUUGAUGGUCAAGCCAAAUCGAUUUUGGCAUGAGAAGAUCUGUAGUUGAAUGUAUCUAGUCUGUUUUUGAUAUCCAUUUUGCCCCCCCAACAUUCUUUGUAGUUAUCUUUUUUGUUUUUCGCUUGGUUUUUAUACCCCUUCUGUGAAGGCGAGUAGGAUGGCUGGGGGCCGUUUUGUAUAGUAGAAAGGAAGUCAGAAUGCAUUGUUUAGAUUAUAGUUGGAACUUUAUUGGGACCGAAUAGUCUCUCCUUUGUGUACAAGUUUUUUGAUAUGAAACACAUCAUUCCCGUAUGA